AGUCUCCUGUAGCGGUCACUGGGGCGCGAAGACUGUUGUGUGCACGAUACCUGACAAUGCUGUCCCGGGUGGUACUUUCUGCCGCCACCGCAGCAGCUCCCUCUCUGAAGAACGCAGCCCUCCUCGGUCCAGGGGUAUUGCAGGCAACAAGGAUCUUUCACAAAGGGCAGCCAAGUCUUGCCCCUGUACCACCUCUUCCUGAAUAUGGAGGAAAAGUUCGUUUUGGGCUGAUCCCUGAGGAAUUUUUCCAGUUCCUUUAUCCUAAAACUGGUGUAACAGGACCCUACGUGCUCGGAACUGGACUUAUCUUAUAUUUACUCUCCAAAGAAAUAUAUGUGAUAACUGCAGAGACCUUCUCUGCCAUUUCAGCAAUAGGGGUGCUUAUCUAUGUAAUUAAAAAAUAUGGUGCCUCUAUUGGUGAAUUUGCUGAUAAACUCAAUGAGCAAAAAAUUGCCGAACUGGAAGAAGUGAAACAGGCUUCCAUCAGACAAAUCCAAGAUGCAAUUGAUCUGGAGAAGUCACAUCAGGCACUGGUUCAAAAGCGCCAUUACCUUUUUGAUGUCCAGAGGAAUAACAUUGCCAUGGCUUUGGAAGUUGCUUACCGGGAACGACUGCAUAGAGUAUACAAGGAGGUAAAGAAUCGCCUGGACUAUCACAUCUCUGUGCAGAAUAUGACACGUCAGAAGGAGCAAGAGCACAUGAUAAACUGGGUGGAGAAGAACGUGGUACAGAGCAUCUCUGCGCAGCAGGAGAAGGAGACAAUUGCCAAGUGCAUUGCAGAUCUAAAGCUGCUUGCAAAGAAGGCUCAAGCACAGCCAGUUCUGUAAAUGCAUCUGUCCCAAUUGAGACAGCUAGAAACAGUUGACUGACUAAAUGGAAACUAGUCUAUGUGACGGAAUCUUUCUGUAUUGCUCUAUACUGAAGUUAGUUUCCCUUUCCUAAAAAUGAAAAGUUUGAGUUUCAUGUAAUGAGAGAAUUAAAACAAUCUAUUGGCCAGGAAGAUGUUUCUCUCAUCCUUCUUGCUCUGCAUUUUGAGUUGUUCCAUGAUCACUUUUGAAUAAGCAGUUUGCUUUGAAUAAAGUUUGGUACCUGACUAAAAAUUGUCAAGUUAGAGUUUAAAUUUGAAUUAAUUCAGCCAUCUUACAAUAAAAUGACAGUUGAAACAAA